AUGGCUAAGCUAGUGACAAAUCCCCGGCGAAUACAGCAGGUCCUGAGCUAUUUGCCUGCAACUGAGGCCUUUGGUGCGGCUAAGGUUUCACAGGCCUUUCAGACAGCCCAAGCAUCUCUUGAUGCAAGGUUUUACCUGAGUCAAAUGCGGCCAGAUGCAUGGCUACAUGGAAACGACCUGGACCCGGAGUUCAACCGACGAUUGCUGCGUGAUUGGCACUUGUGCCUCAGGGACUCAGCACUGCAGGUCGCCUAUGUCGACCACCGCCAGCAUCUCAUCUAUGUGGAGUCCAGCUGCUCAUUGGCAGCACCGCCUCAAGGGCAGGAUGUUUUUCCUGUGAGGGUGGAUCAUCAAGAUUACCGUUGUUCCAUUGAGCCCUUCCACUUGGACUGCUUGUGGUGGGAUUGCCUGCAAGGAGAGCUUUUUGACUGGCCGCGAGUCUCAGAAGAAGAAGCGGAUGCUGCAGAUGAUGCGGCUGAUGCACUUGAUUCUCCCCCAGCUCCACAACAAGUUUCAGAUCUUGCAGGCUACCCGCCCAAGGAAGUGCCAGUGGAAUCGCCUUUUGAACUAGAGGCAGUGCCCGGGUAUAAUGGGAGUCUUGCGGCACCCAAGCUACCAGAUGAUGUCUUGGUGGUUUUGUCCCUGAAUGCAGCUUGGUUCAAUUCCAGUUUAUGGACGCGCAAGCUCCAAGGCAUUUUUCUCCUGCGGGAUGGCCGUUUUUUACUCGUCGGAAGUUGUGAGAUGCAAGGCACAAUUGAAUCUCAGGCCCGGGCCAGAGUGUAUCGUGGCUUUGUGGCCAACUCACUGCUGGCUCUGGUGACUUUUGCCCAAGAUCCAAGAAGCCGGGAAAUCUUACGCACCCGCUUGCCCUUGGGAGAGGACAUUGGGAAGGGUGUGCAGCCAACAGUGCUUGCGGUCAACAUCCCCCGAGUUCAACACGACAACGCUGAGGACUUCAAAGAACGCUUUGGGCCUUUCUUACGUGCAUCAAGGUCAUGUGACAAGGUCUUGUUUAGCACCUUGGAGGUGGACCAGGAAGAGGGACGCAAACACCUCAAAGCCGGCGACAGAGUUCGAGUUCUGCGCCGAGGGGAUAACUUCAUUUGGAGUUCCUGUCGCUGCCCGGGUUGGGCCGCACCACAGGGAGCUGUUUCACCUCAGCUUGAUGCGGAAUACCUGGAACGAGCUUCCCAAGAAGAUUUGCGCUUCACGACCGCUGGUGGUUGCCAUUUGGGAUUGCUCAGGGAUCGCUGGUAUGAUGCUGAAGUGGUCCAUGUGAAUGCCGACAGAACCCUGGAUGUGAAGUACACGAAUCCUAGAGAAUGGUCGAAUGGAGCAUCUGGCUGUGCUGCCGGCCAGGGAAAUGACAGGAACGAAGCACCCAUUGAAGCCGAUGUUGAGAUCGGGAGAGCUAAAGUGAUUCCGAAGAGCAGAUGGUACUCGGCUUUCCAAGAUGUUUGGGAAGGAUGUGGUGGCUUGUCUGAUGUCGGCUUGAGCUUUGCAGGUGGAGGUAGUCGUUCCGUCCGCUGCCUUGCGAACAAUACAAGCGCCGAGGAUGAGAAAGAGGGAGAUCCCAAAGCUGAGAUUCGCUUCCUGAAGCUGGCGGAUGUUUUCGCCGACACUGCUGCGGCGCAUCGUUUCAGGUUCAUGACCCUCUUGGAAGAAAAGGACACGUUUGCUGGGCAGGACCGGCAAUCCAUCGAGGAAAUUCACUCGACGGCAGAACCCGGCGGAUAUCCGCGAGAAGCUCACGUGACCCUGGGCAAGCGCCUCUUUCUGCAGCUGCUCCGCAGCUCUUUUUGGGAGAAGUGGACGGCGCAGAGAGGCGAGAGCCCGUCGAAAAUCGCGAAUGUGUUCAAGACGGACAAAUUCGUGCGAUUGGUCAUUCAAUAA